UGUUAAAUCCAAUGCCGGUGUACACGAUCAGCUAAAUUCGGCAUUUCCCUUGUUCUGAGCUUGCUUUGUUCGACGCUCUUGUAGAUAAGAAUGCAGCAACACGCUCACCACGGGUUCUUCAGUCGCAUUGACCUUCAUUCCAUCUGCUAUUGAGCUGAAGAUUAGCUUUUCACUUUAGAAUGGACGCACUAAAGGAGUCGGCUCUCAGUGGCUCAGGCGACGCCCUCGUUCAACUGGGAGAAACCGCCCGCGAUGACCCUACUGUGUUCCCUCACCUCAUUCAAGUCAUUCGCGUGUUCCUAAACUACUUGCGUCUACCAGGGACCGCGGACAUCUCAUCUCCUGAAGAGUUCUUCACAUUGUUGGACAGAACGACGUGCUUUUUCCAUGGGCUUAAUGUCGCUCUUCAAUCACCUCAGGCUUUCGAACAUUCCAAAAUGGCGGGACUACUGAUCACUUGUCCCAAGAUAUACCUCUGGGCUGUCAAGUUUCUCCAUCAUUAUUUUAUCGACGCGAAUCUCCCCGUUUCUAACCUGGCCGUGUCCGCAACUGCGGUUCGGAUCGUGGAGCUCCUCAACACCCUGUCCGCCGACCCUGAUUACUGCGAUAAGAUGCGAAAUACCAAUGGUUUCGUUUUUUCGAUGACCACGUUGUGGAUGUACGGCAUUCGAGCGGGACGGGGUUUAAUCGAGGAAAUUGUUAGGAUGACCAUGGUACACAUCCUUCAGAAGCGCACUCUCGAUAACGAGGUUUCAGAUGCUUUGAACCGGGUUCCGAACAAUAUCGUAGAAGAAAUCUGCGCUCGCGUCGUUGCCAGUGAGCGAGACCCAGACCCGGACUAUGAUGCGGGCAUCAUGUUCCUGGUCAUCAGCACGAUGUGUUCUCGUUCGUUCACCCGAGCUUUCAUCUCGUGUGGCUCUGUAUCAUGGAUCUGUCGACGGAUUGCCAGCAUCCCAGCAAGGACGGCAGGAGACGGUGUUCCCGACGGACCGGCCGGCUACGCCAAACUGUUUCAAGUCUCGUUAGUCUACUUGCAGCGAGCGCUUAAGGAGGGUGCUGGCCGGAUAAUCGAAGGUCUGGACGCUGAUGUGAUUCCGAUGCUCUUAAAGGUCCAGUCAAGGUUGGACGCCGAUGACAGGGAGGCGGCUCUCGUUCCGUUGCUACAUUUGAUAACGUCAUACACACUCUAUCGCAACGUACUUGUCAAGGUCUGGAAGGUCGUAUACAUGUCCGACUUGGAACCUGGUAUAUCUGAUGCGGGACCGAUUGGCAAUGGUUGGAAGAUACUGAAGGAGACAACAGAGACGCGUUGGGAGAUACUCAAGGACUACUUGGCUUCUGGCCGCGAACUGACAAGGUGCUCGUACUCCGCUUGCCCUCCCCCUGAUGAAGGCCCCAAGCGCGCACUCAGACGCUGCGAAGGCUGCCGUUUCGAGUACUAUUGCUCGAAAGAGUGUCAGAAAUUGGAUUGGCGUGACGGGCAUAACGAAGUCUGUCGAACCAUACAAUCUUGUCUUAAAGGCCUGCCCAUGCUCAUGUCAAAGCGCGAACGACAUUUUGCCUAUGCCAUUAUCGACAAAGAUAUCGAGGCUAACGCUCAGCUCAUCCAAGAUCUGAAGUUGGAAAAGAUGAGGGGAGCGUAUGAUCCAACUGACUUGCUCACUGUCACGGAUUACACGCUGGUUCCAAGGAAGUUGUAUGUCAUCACGGAUGAAGAGUUCCGCAAAUCUGAAAACCUACCUACUGAGAAGUGGGAUGCUGCUUUGGAGCUCGCGAAGGAAUCCGGCAAGGAUUUGGUUCUUUCUAUGAUUCCACAAGGAACAAAGGCGCAAGCGUUGCUGGAUAUGUACCCAUUUGAUUUCAACGCGAUCGUGACUUAAGCAGAGAGUCGUGUAGCUGAGGCGAAUAUUGAUAUGGCAAGGCAAUGGAUUGUAGACAUAUUCUACUGCCUGAUGUACUCUCU